AUGGCGCACUACAUUUACGCCCGCGACGUUGUCUCCGACGUAAAGUCGGUCCCAGAUACAUUCUCCAGCUGGGAUAAAUGCAUGCAAAAAUCCUACUGCAAGUGGCCCGUCAUUGCCGCGAUUAUCAUCGGCUCCCUCAUCCUGCUUUCUGUCCUCUUCUGUAUCGCCCGGUGCAUUUGCUGUGGAGCCGAAAUCUGCUCCUGCUGUAUGAGCUGCUGCGGCGGCUGUUGUCGAGGUGGACGAAAUCGUGACCGUCCUUCGAAACACAAAGAUGACUACACCCGUAUGCCUCCUACACCUUACCAGGGAUACCAGCCUGCUCCCGGCCCCAUGGCAUAUGGCGGCGUCAAUCCCGGCGUGCCUCAAUUCGCGACUUUCGAUGAUCCCAGCACCAAGAGAAUGAUCAAUGAGGAUGCUCUCCCACCCAUGCCUAGCUGGGACACUGCAACGAAGAGAAGAGUCGAAGACACCAGCGAGCCGCCACAGCAAACUGCAAACGGCGAUCUGGAGAUGGGGAGACUCGACUCUCAACCGCAGAGGACGAGAGGAGGCUACAACAGCGUUCCCAAUAGACCCUUCUCGCCUGUUUCACAGAAUCCGCAAGCCAAUUAUCAGAACAACUUCCAGCCCGUCCCGCUAAGCCCGCCCCCAACUUACCAUUCCAAUUCGUUUGCCCCUUCGGUUGCGAGCAACUCUGACAAAUUUGCCGUUGGUGCUGCCAGUCCGAGUCCUUAUGAGUACAACCGGGGCCAGCAGCACCAGCCGGGCUAUCAGCAUUCCUAUGCUCCGAGCAGCACCGUGAGUACGAGAUAUGAGCCGGCCCAGAACGAUUACAGCUUGCAUAGAAUCAGUAUGCCCAAGCCUUACAACCCUGUGUCGUCACCACCGCCACAGGCUCCAUAUCCAGAUUCCGCGUCAACGCCAUAUGAAGCGCGGCCGCCGAGUUUCCUACAGGUGGGGAGGAAGCCCGUCACUGGAAGCAUGAGAGAAGUUUGA